AGGUUUUUCUUUGCUUUUGGAAAACGAAAGUUUGACUCCUGAAACCUGUUUCUGGAGAAGUGCUUUUGUGUAGUAGGCCUGUGGGUUCUGUGUAGGGUUAAUACUCAGAUCUGAAAACAAAGGACACACAGAUUCACACAACAGCCUUCUCCUCCCCCCAAAACCACCACAACCAACCCCCCACCCACCCACCCAAAAAAAAAAAAAAAAAAAAACCUUCCUGCUACCAAAAACCCAAAAAACAAAAAAAAAACACUGAAAUGAGGCCCCCUUAUUUUCACAAGCUGAUUGUGUCUUCUACUCUCCAAGCCAAACAGCUGAGGAUCCCGGAAAGUUUUGUCCAGAAAUUCAGAAACGAGCUAUCUACCAUUGCUACGCUCACUGUUCCUGACGGUCAUGUUUGGCAUGUGGGAGUAAAGAAGGUUGACAACAAGUUUUGGUUUCACAGUGGUUGGCAGGAUUUCAUUGAACAUUAUUCAAUCCGUGUUGGAUACUUUUUAACAUUCAGACAUGAAGGGCGUUCAUCUUUCACUGUCCAUAUAUUUAAUUUGAAAACUGCUGAGAUUAACUAUCAACCUAACGCUCUCAGUAGUACUGGAGGUUCUGUUUACCGGUAUCAAGUAUUUGAAGAGAUGGAAGAUGAUGACUCUGUUGAAAUCUUGGGUUCGUCCCCUACAUCCAUUGUUACCGAUUCUUUGAAAGACAAGUGCUUUGGUGACUCUGCAAAUCAACUGACUCCUGGGAAAAAUUGUACUCCUCCAUCGCUGCAGAAUUUGUUUAAUGGUUCCAAACCUAAGAAUUGCGUGAACUGGAGUGAUGCUGGGAACCUGCAUCUAUCGAAGGGUGAUGAUCUACAAGCAGGUAAUGAAUCUACUCGAGAUAUUGGUGUUCAAUUUAAUGUAACAGAGCUUAAAAAGACAGUGGAUGAAGUCAAAUUGCGUAGUCCAGGUGAAGACAUACGAAGCAUAAAGAAGACUGUGAGAAAAAAGCGGAAGGUUAAUCCUAAUGUGGAGGAGUCUUCUUCUCAACACGAAAAAGAAGUGGAAAUUCGCUUUCGAUUUUAUGAAAGUGCGUCUGCAAGGAAGAGAACCGUGACAGCCGAAGAAAGAGAAAGGGCUAUUAAUGCGGCCAAAACAUUUGAGCCAGUUAAUCCUUUCUGUAGGGUAGUCCUUCGACCAUCCUACCUAUAUAGGGGUUGUAUAAUGUAUUUGCCAUCCUGCUUUGCCGAAAAGAAUUUAAAUGGGGUUUCAGGAUUUAUCAAACUUCAGUCCGCUGAUGGCAGACAAUGGUCAGUCCGAUGCCUUUAUAGAGGAGGUAGAGCAAAAUUAAGCCAGGGAUGGUAUGAGUUUACGAUGGAUAACAAUCUGGGGGAGGGGGACGUUUGUGUCUUUGAGUUGCUCAAAAUGAAGGACAUUGUGCUGAAAGUUACUGUAUUUCGCGUCCUUGAAGAUGCAGGAUUUGUGAACCAGCCUCAACUGCAAAAUCUCACCCCAGCUAAACCGAAUAGAAAUUAGUGGGUACGUGGCUGGUAAAUUUGAAUGUCUAAACUGUAUCGAAGAAUCUCUUUUCUCUUUGGGUAGUGGUCUGAUUUGUUCAUGUGGAAGUGUUUAGAUCUAUUUCGAUCUAGUACUCAAAACUUUUCAGGAUGACUUAGUGGAACUUUUUUUCGUUGUGUAGGAGUUUAAAUACAAAUUUUCGGGUCUUGACUAGCACUGUAAAUAGAUUGUUGAAUACUGUGAUGUUAAUUGUCUCCAUUUUCCUCUGUUAU